CUUGACGGAACGUGUGUUUUCAGGAAGUAGCAACAGUCUGACCACAACAAAAGGCGAAUAUAGCGCAGGUUCCCUACAAAAUUCAUUUUUUUUACAGUCAUUUUUUUUCACACUUGCUCCGUACAGCCUGCUGUAACGUUGGAUACUUUAUCAGUGCGGACAAAGUUCGGUUUAAGUUUACUACCGGGGCAGUUUUGCACUUUUUAAAGCAGUUUGCUAACGUUUUUAGCAGGCUAUUAAGUUAGCCUGAACAGCUAGUAUUACUGUAACUUCAGAUGGAUCGAGUUUCGUGUCAGGACUGAGCCUCAGGCGACUUCGAAUGUGCCGUCAGACCACUGUGAAAGUGGAAUAGUGUCCUUAUAGAGAGGACGAUGCCACGCUUGCAGUCCGGUGUAUGGAAGCAUUUCACCCCGGCCAUCAAAGAUGGGCGGGAAACCUUCAUGUGCAACUACUGUUCAAAGACAUACACAAAGAAUGCUACCAAGAUGCAGAUGCAUUUGGACAAAUGCAAGGAGUACUCUGUGGUUUCACAGCAGUCACCGGGCCCAGAUGGAAGCUCCUCUGCCUCCAUUCCUGUUCCCUCCUUCUCGUUUUUACCAUCUGCCAAUCCUGGGGGACAGUUCCUCAUUGAUUCAGUGGAUCAACGCAGUCAGGCGUAUGCUGACGAGUGCCUGGCAAGAGCUGUGUAUGCCACCUCCUCACCUCUCACUCUCACAGACAAUAUUUAUUGGAAACGAUUUUUCAGCGUACUCCGGCCCGCUUACUGUCCGCCCACCAGAGAGGCUCUGUCCUCUCAUCUCUUGGACUGUGAGUAUGACAGAGUACAAAGCCAGGUUCAUGAGGCUAUAGGGAAAGCAGACUGUGUCACCAUCAUCUGCAGUGGAUGGUCCAACUUUAAAGAGACUGGAACUAUCGUUUACAUUGUUGCAACUCCUACACCACUGUUUUACAAAUGCACAAAAAAGACAAAGGAGCAGACACAUGCAAGCAAGUUUAUUGCUGCGGAACUAAAAAAAGUCAUAAACGAAGUGGGACCGCAAAAGGUCUUUGCUAUUGUCACUGAUGAUGCCCCGGAAAUGAUGGCAGCUUGGGCUGAAGUAGAAGAGACCUUCCCACACAUAUCAGCUAUUGGUUGCACAGCAUAUGGCACCCAGCAGCUCUUUGAUGAAAUUGUGGCACAACCAUCAAUAAAAGCACUGUGCAGGAGAGCUGAGCAGGUGGUGAGGUAUGUUACAGAGCAAAAACUAUUAACAGAGAACUUUAGGUGCUGGCAGACUACAAAGACAAGAAACCACGCUGCCAAUGGGACAGCACUGGUACUACCUACUGGCUCUGACUGGACAGGUGUGGUUAAUAUGUUCAACAGCCUCCUGGAGGGUCAGAACUGUCUCCAAGAGAUGGCCGUCUCAUCCACAUUGGAUGUUGAGGCAUCCAUCAGGGCGACAUUACAGGAUGCAGCAUUUUGGAAAGGGUUAAGUAGCAGUCGAAACCUGCUCUACUUGAUUGGGAAUUAUAUUGAUUACAUGAAAAGAGAUGAUGCUAUACUCUCAGGUGUUGUUGACAUGUUCAGUCAGUUAAGAUACCACAUCGGAGCCUCCCUGUCUGGGUCUGUGUUGCACAGUACUGAAGAGAAAGCUGUCAUGGCAUCAUUAGACAGGUGUCAGGAGUUUUGCAUCAAGCCCAUCCACGCAGCGGCAUACAUGCUGGAUCCAAAGCAUGUUGGACAGCAGACGCUCUCCGGGGAGCAGAUAAACAGUGCUUUCUAUGUCAUCUCCAACCUGUCACACCAUUUAAAUCUUGACGAGGGUAAAGUACUUGGCAGCUUUGCCAGGUACUCAGCUAAGCAGGGCCUAUGGAAGGGGGCAGGGAUAUGGAGCUCAUGCCAGCAUGUGUCCGCAUCCACCUGGUGGAAAGGGCUGUGUUCCUCUGAGCCGCUGUCCCCUGUGGCCUCCGCCAUACUCCAGAUCCCACCAACAACAGGAACGUGCGAGCACCUACAGUCACGCUUCUGCAAUACAAAGGUGCAAGGUUCUCUCUCAGCCGACAGGGUGCAAAAACUGGUAGCAAUGCAGACGAAUCUCAAGCUUUUAGAGCCAAGCGAUUGUGAGUAUGUUCCUCUGGAGAGUGAGGAAGACAGAAAAGUUUCAUUUCAAUCUGAAACUCAGUAGCAAGACAUGAGAUAGCCCGAAGCUGUGUAGAGCAGACAACCAACAUUGUGAUUCUCAUUUCUUGAGAAGGGAAAUUGAAAGAAGCUGACUUGCAAGUAAACAGAAUGCUGAUAGUUUAUUAGAUUAAAUGUACAUUUCCAGUGAAAUAUCUGGGGUUAGUUUGAAAUUUCUCAGCUUUAAUUGCAGUACUUACAUUUCUCUCUUUACUCUAAAGCCUGUUUAAAAAGGAAAUGCAUAAAAAAUGGUUGAAUAAUAUAGCUGAGAGUGGCAAUUCAGGGGUUCAAACCUUUUUGCACUCAGCAGAAGAAAGCAGCUCAGUUGGCCAAAAUUAAAACUACAAGCAGCAACAAGCGGGUUUCAUGCUUCACAAAGGUGAGCAAAGUCACCUCAGCUAGUUUAAUUUUGUUUAAAAGAGUAAGACCAAUCACACGCUUGUUUCAUUAUCACAAAGCCUGCAGCAUUUGUAAAUCAGUGUGUAUGUUCAGGAGAUAGUGCGGGAUGUCUCCAGUGAGUUUAAUCAGGGUUGUUCAAAGGCAUCUUGAGUUAUGAGCAAAUAUGUGAUAGGCCAUGCCCACUCGCACCAAUCAAAAUGGCACUUUUUGGCAAUUUUGGUUAAUCCGUGCCCCUAGAACAUGCACACCAAAAUUGGUGAAAUUCUGUUCGCUGGGUUUCGAGGUACAUGUUUUCAGCCCAACCCUAUGGGCUGGGCUCAAAAUGCUUUGGUAGACCUUUUACCACGCAUGUUCCAAAGAUGCCUACCAAGAUUUAUGAUGAUUGGACAAAUGGUCAAUGAGUUAUGGCCAAUUCCCUGCUAAGCCCCGCCCUUUACAAAAUAUUUUUGGAUUGAUGGUGGCCAUGUUUUUCAAUCGAUCUCGCUCAUUCAUAAUAGAAAUGUGUAUCUCUGUCCUGCAGUGCUGUAUACCCAAAUUGGUUUUGAUACAGUCAAAAUCCAAAAAGUUCAAUUUAUGUUACUGUUUUUUAGUUCAUGCAAAUUAGCAAAAAAUCCAUUAUGGUGGACAUUUAUGGUCCAAGAGGCUUUUUUUGUAGAGCACAAUGAGCUGGACUUGUGUGUGAAAUUUCAAGUCAUUUGGACUUACAGUGUGAGGGGCGUGGCCUUUCCAAAAUUUCAUUUUGGGCCUUAAUUACAGUGCCACCAUUUGGUUGAUUGCAUUCAUGUUUCUUGGGAAGCACUUGCACAUCAUUUUCAGUUACUGGGCCAAGUGUCAUGGUUUUAGCUCAUUCCAGCUCACAGCAAUUUAAGCCACUGUGGCAGACAACAAAUAAUAAUAAACUACCCUUUUGGGGUUUGACCCUAAUGAUGCCUUCAUAUGUUUUAAUCAUGUAUAAUGCAUACUCUUGUUGUAGAUGUUGUAUUACAAAUAGUAUAUAUCAGCUUUAUAAUCACACCAUGAAAUAUUAAUAGACUAACAAGAGGUCUAAUCUUCUUUGUUAGAAGUUUUAAAUGAUGUAAAUAAAAUUGUAUUUAUUGACUAUAAAACUUUUGUCUGUUCUAAAUUUCUACAUGUGUUUCAAGAAAAUAUUUCAUUUGAUUUUCUACAGAAUUAAGAUGAUGCAGGAUGACCACUGCUCCACCCGGCUGAAUCUUUACUAAGGUGCUCGAAGCAUCAAUGAGUC